AUGCCCGUGGAUGGCGACCCUGCCGCCCACGUUACGUCCUAUCAAGAAGCUGUCAGCCAUCUCGCUACCGCUGGCUUCGACAUCCCUGCUUUUGUUACUGCCGCCAUUCUCCUUUCCACUCUUCCAUCUGAGCCUGGCGACCCAGAUUCCUGGAACCAGUUCGUCGCCGGCAUCAAGAUCGACAAGACCACCACUCUCUCCACCAUCGUCAAUGCUAUCUUGGAGGAGAAGCGUCGCUGUACUGAGCCUUCUGUCGAGGGUCAGUCAGGUGAGAACGCUCUCGCUGCUAAGAUUCGGGAUGCUCGCCAUCAUCGUAGAAGUGGUCCCUCCACCAACCCCGCUGCUUGGCGGGGGGAGCCAUGGUGA